CUGACAGAUGAGUUCCCUGAUGCAAUCCACAAGUCGUUCAGCAACCGCAAGCUUGCAGCGAAGGCCUAUAAAGAAUGUAAGCGUACUGGUGUUCUGGACAUUUUGAAGACACCGGUGCACGCAAAAGAAAAUCUCAUUGUUAUCAAAGGUGAAAAUCCUGGGGUAUACAAUCGACGUACGCUGAUGAAACAAGGACUCUGCUGGCAUGGAGGCGAAGUCAUUAUUCAUAUCGGUACCCGCUACGAUGCUCAGCAAGCCUUCCUUGUAUUGAAGAAUAAUCACAAGACUUACGAGCUUCCAAAG